GCAGCGGCUCAGUCGCUCAGUCAGUCUCGGGCUGUCCGGCCAGGGUGGUUGGUGGUAAGGAUUCAGGCUCCGUCCUAACAAGGCCGUGGCCUGAGGCUCAGGGCCUCCCGCCCCUCCCUCCCAGCGCACCAGCGUCACCCCCCAGCCCCGAGCUGGACCGCACACCUUGGGACACGGUUUUCCACUUCCUAAGGACGAGCCCCAGACUGGAGGAGAGGUCCGAGGAGGUGGGCGUUGGACUCUUCGCGAGGACCCCGGCGGCGGGCCCGGGGGAGGCGGCGGAGGCGGCCGGGGGCGACAUGGCGGAGGAGCAGGACCUAUCCGAGGUGGAGCUGAGCCCCGUGGGCUCCGAGGAGCCCCGCUGCUUGUCCCCGGGGAGCGCGCCCUCGCUAGGGCCCGACGGCGGCGGCGGCGGCGGCGGAUCGGGCCUGCGAGCCAGCCCAGGGCCCGGCGAGCUGGGCAAGGUCAAGAAGGAGCAGCAGGACGGCGAGGCGGACGAUGACAAGUUCCCCGUGUGCAUCCGCGAGGCCGUCAGCCAGGUGCUUAGCGGCUACGACUGGACGCUGGUGCCCAUGCCCGUGCGCGUCAAUGGCGCCAGCAAGAGCAAGCCGCACGUCAAACGGCCCAUGAACGCCUUCAUGGUGUGGGCGCAGGCGGCACGCAGGAAGCUCGCGGACCAGUACCCGCACCUGCACAAUGCCGAGCUCAGCAAGACGCUGGGCAAGCUCUGGAGGCUGUUGAAUGAAAGUGACAAGCGCCCCUUCAUCGAGGAGGCUGAGCGGCUCCGUAUGCAGCACAAGAAGGACCACCCGGACUACAAGUACCAACCCAGGCGGCGGAAGAAUGGCAAGGCCACCCAGGGCGAGGCGGAGUGCCCUGGUGGGGAGGCUGAGCAAGGUGGGACCGCUGCCAUCCAGGCCCACUACAAGAGUGCCCACCUGGACCACCGGCACCCAGGAGAGGGCUCCCCCAUGUCAGAUGGGAACCCCGAGCAUCCCUCAGGCCAGAGCCAUGGCCCACCGACCCCUCCAACCACCCCAAAGACAGAGCUGCAGUCGGGCAAGGCAGACCCCAAGCGGGACGGGCGCUCCAUGGGGGAGGGCGGGAAGCCUCACAUCGACUUCGGCAACGUGGACAUCGGUGAGAUCAGCCACGAGGUAAUGUCCAACAUGGAGACCUUUGAUGUGGCUGAGUUGGACCAGUACCUACCGCCCAAUGGGCACCCAGGCCACGUGGGCAGCUACUCAGCAGCUGGCUAUGGCCUGGGCAGCGCCCUGGCUGUGGCCAGUGGACACUCCGCCUGGAUCUCCAAGCCACCAGGUGUGGCUCUGCCCACGGUCUCACCACCUGGUGUGGAUGCCAAAGCCCAGGUGAAGACAGAGACCGCGGGGCCCCAGGGGCCCCCGCACUACACUGACCAGCCAUCCACCUCACAGAUCGCCUACACCUCCCUCAGCCUGCCCCAUUAUGGCUCAGCCUUCCCCUCCAUCUCCCGCCCCCAGUUUGACUACUCUGACCAUCAGCCCUCAGGACCCUAUUAUGGCCACUCCAGCCAAGCCUCUGGCCUCUACUCGGCCUUCUCCUAUAUGGGGCCCUCGCAGCGGCCCCUCUACACGGCCAUCUCUGACCCCAGCCCUUCAGGGCCCCAGUCCCACAGCCCUACACACUGGGAGCAGCCAGUAUAUACGACGCUGUCCCGGCCCUAAAGGGGAUCCUGUUACCACCACCCCCUGCCCAGCCCCUGCCCCCAGCCUGUGUGCCCUGUUCCUCGCCCACCUCAGGCCUGGCGGUGGCAGUGGAGGAGGCUGCAGAGGCUGACAGCUGGGGGUGGCUUUCUGUCUGGCUCACUGCCCUGAAGACCCACCCGCCCCAUCCAGGCUCCAGCAGCAAAGCCCCAGGCGAGCAGGCUGGGCAGAGGAGAAGGAGGUUGACUGUUGCUCCCACACUGAAAGAUGAGGGGCUGCACCUUCCCCCCAGGAAUGACCCUCUACCCCAGGACCUGAGAAGGACCUGCUCACCCGCCUCAGGGAGGGGAAGCACCAGGGUUGGUGGCAUCGGAGGCCUUACCACUCCUAUGCACUCCUGUUUCCUCUCUCAUGGAGAGUGAGGGUCUGACAUGCCCAUGCCACCAAUGCCACAGUACCUAAGAGCUAGGCCACUCAGAGACUCUGCCUGGAGCUGGCCGUGUCUCCUACUCAGGGGCUGAGAGUAGCUUUGAGGAGCAUCAUGGGGAGUGGGAGGUUCGAGGGACUUAGUGGAGUUCUCAUCCCUUCAAUGCCCCCUCCCCUCCCGAAGGCAGGAAGGAGUUGGCACAGAGGCCCCCAGAUCCAAUUCUGUGCCAAUAACCUCAUUCUUUGUCUAAUCGAGAAAGAGCCCCCAGUCCUCCUCCACUACAACCUCUGUGACCUUGAGGCGCAUCCCAGGAGGCGAGGAGGCAGGGGCUCCAGGAAAGGAAUCAGAGACAAUUCACAGAGCCUCCCCCCACCCCGGGCUCCUCGCCAGCUCCCCCUUCCCUUACUAGGCUCUACAGCCCCUGCUCUGUCAGCCCCACUCCCUGGCUUCCCAGAGAGUUAGAGCUGCUCAGGCCCAAACCCUUGGCUGCAGGAGACACAGGGCCCAGCACCCAGGUUGCUGGCAGCAGGCUGAAGACACUAGACUCCUGACAUGUACCUUCUGCCCUUGCCUCUUGCCCCUUGCCUCCCAGUGGUAUUUGAAUAAAGUAUGUAGCUACAUCCGCCCCCAUGUUCCUGUUCUGCAGCCCCCCCAUUCACAUGUAACUCAUUACUGUCUCCUUUUAUUUAUCUCAGUAGUCCCCUCUCCUAGCCACUCUAGACCCUAUUAACUCUGCAUUAAGCAUUCCACAUAAUAAAAUUAAAGGUUCCGGUUACCUGCUUGGUGAGCCUGACCUGGCCUGUCUCUUGAUCUCAGCCCUGCACCUGUGCUUCCUCAGACGCUUUCUGGAAGUAGCUAGGAGUAGAAUGCAAAGGACAGAUCAUCAAAGAUCUCUCGCUCUCCCCCCACUCCACCCUCUUUCCCCUCCCCUUCCUCUCUCUCUCUCUCUCUCUCUCUCUCUGUCUCUUUCAUUCCCCUCUCCUUUCUCUCUCUCCCCCCACGCUAAGAAGAUGUGGACAAUGGAGUGGGUUAGGACAGCUGGCAUCCCAGUGGGGUCCAUCUGAGCCCAGGGACUGAAGCCUCAGAUGGGAGCUUCUCCCCAGCCCAGCUGUGUCCCACACUGCAGAGGGCCACUCACUCUUAACUGGCUCAGCUGGAACUCACUGCCUUCCAAGCAGCCACUCUGCUCACCAGCACCCAGCAGAGGGGAGUUUGCAGAGAAUUCGAGACUGGUACUGAAGAGGAGGUGGGUUGGGUAUGACACCGUGCUGUCUGCAGUCAGGCCUGUCCUUCAGGGUGUGUGGAGGGGCCCUGCGUGGCUGCAUCCGCCCACUUGCCGCCUCCACCUCCCCUAGCACACACACGGCAGCCCACGCCAGGAUCUAGCCAAACCUUCACAGCAGCUGCCCGUGCCCAAGUCCAGACCAAGGAUGUCGGACAUGCAGUCUACUCCUUAAGCUCCUACUCCCUAAGAGCUCUUUCCUCAGCAGAAGUCCAGACUGCACCCAGAGGCCAGGACCACUCUACCUCACAAGCUCACAACUCCAAGGACAGGGGGAAUCUCUUUGCCAUCUUGCUCUACUGAUGAACAGCUCCGAUGGUUGAAGUUCUUCCUCAUACCCAGAUCAUAACGGCUUAUACCCAGCUGCCAUUUACUCAGUGCUCCCAAGGGUUUUAUGUCAUUCAGGCCAAUGAAGGAGUAGGUCCAGUCGUUAUCUCAGUCUUCCAAAUGGGGAAACAAGCUUUGCGAGGUUGAUGCUAAGAAGUGCUCGUGCCAGAAUCUGAACCCAGCUCUGACUCCAAGGCUUGCACUCUUAACCAGCAUCCCCUCCACCUGCCUGUCGUUUGCAGAUCCUACUUCUGCUUUGUAUCUGGAGCAAUGUGUCUUUCACUGCUCCAGCCUGGGCAUCCUUAGCUUCCUUCCUUCCAUCCAUGGUCUCCAGCCCCUAGUCAGGACCAGGCAGAGAGGCAGGGCACCAAAACAGACCAGUCCCCAGGGAGGCCAAACUCCCUCCAUCUGGGAUCUGCUUCGCAGAAGUUGUUCAGGCAACCUCCCCAAAACUGUUGGUUCCCAUGAAGCUGGAUGGUAACCUAACCCCCUGAUCUUUUGGACAAUAUCCAUUGCAAAGUCAUACCCAAAUUGUACGUAUGCCGUUUUGGUGUUUUGUUGUAGACAAAAGCAGAACUUUACACUGAUAUUUAACAGACCUCGCCUUGUUGGAUUUGACCCAUUUCCCCACCUGUAUUAAACCUUUUAGGACCCAGCUCUCCUUUGGAGCUUUAUGUAUCUGCAAACUUGAAUAGCCUCAUUCAAGUCACUAAUAAAGGUUGAAAUGAAGAGGGA